AGUUGAGGGGGGUGUAUGGUGGCUUCCAGCACUUCCUGGAGAACUCGAGACGCUCAGGAACUGUUGACAUCACUUCCUGGUGCUCCGCACGCACGUUACACCCGCCCCACCCAGCUGGGAGUGUCUCCAACAGCUUUACUUCACAUAUACACAUCAGCUUUCCACGGGUCAACACUAGACUCCUUAACAUUGUUUACUGUCUAUUUUCUAUUCUUAGACGCAAAAGUCUACGUGGGUAAUCUUGGUACUGGUGCUGGCAAAGGCGAGUUGGAGAGAGCUUUUAGUUACUACGGUCCUCUGCGUACAGUUUGGAUUGCAAGAAACCCUCCAGGAUUUGCUUUUGUUGAAUUUGAAGACACAAGAGAUGCUGAAGAUGCAGUGCGUGGCUUAGACGGAAAGGUUAUCUGUGGCUCAAGAGUAAGGGUAGAACUGUCAACCGGCAUGCCGCGUCGUUCCCGCUAUGACAGGCCGCCAGCGCGAAGGCCAUUUGAUCCAAGUGACAGAUGUUAUGAAUGCGGUGAAAAGGGGCACUAUGCAUACGACUGUCAAAGGUACAGCAGGCGUAGAAGGAGCAGGUCUAGAUCCCGCUCUCACUCAAGAUCUCGGGGAAGAAGAUAUUCCCGAUCACGUAGCAGAAGCCGUGGUGGUGGUAGGAGGUCCAGGUCUGGUUCUCCCCGGAGGUCAAGAUCUCCUUCACCGCGUAGGUCCAGAACUGGAACUCCACGCAGAACUCGAUCUCCCCCUUCUGUUAAAAGAUCUCGAUCUAGGUCAAGGUCUAGAUCCAGGUCUGUGUCACGCCCCAGAUCUGUGUCACGCCCGAGGUCUGUGGCACGCCCCAGAAGCAGGUCAAAGUCAAGAUCUGUUUCUCCAAAAGGAGCAAGUCGUUCACCAUCCAGAAGCCCGAGGAGGAGCAUAAGUGCGGAAAGGAAUGGCUAAAUGACCACUUGGAAUUUAUGGCGCUCCUGCCACAACUUUUUCACUUUUUUUGUUUGUGUUCUUUUUUUUUUUUUUAAAGUCUCACUUUGGUAGGCUAGCAUAUGUCUUUUUAUAUCCUGUCCACAUGAAAGUGAAACCUUUUUUUGUAUCUAAAUUACUUGUGCAAUGAACAUGAGUUGUCCUGAUUUAGAGUGUCUGCAGGAGGCAGAUGUAAGUUUGCAUGGCUGUAGAUAAUUUCACUUUUUUAGAACCUGUAAAAUAAAACUUGCUCAGUGGCCAACUAUGCAUAUCGUUUUGGCUUGUCUUCAAAAAAUGUCUCAAGGGGCUAGACAUAGGAAUACUGAUCAUGGAUUUUGCUAGCAGUGUGCCACUGAUAUCUUCAUGGACUGGCUCUUUAUUUUGUUCAGCUGUUGUUGAUUCCAAAAAUUAGUUUGAGACAUGUAUUCAAAGCUUGUUUCCUAAAGCUUUAAACCAGGUGUCUCAAACUGCCGUCUCCCCUAGCUGUUGCGUAACUACAAGUCCCUUCACGACUCUGCCUGUGGGAGUCAUGCUUGUAACUGUCAGCCUUACAAUGCCUCAUGGGACUUGUAGUUCUGCAACAGCUGGAGGUCCGCCAGUUUGAGACCCCUGCUUUAAACACUGUUGCAGAUCAUAGAACUUCAAGUAAUGCGAUGUUAUAAAUAAAGUUUUAUUUGUGUUUUGUUUUUCAAA